AUGUCCGCUCCGACCGAGGUCUUCACGACGUCCAACGUCUUCCUCGAUGUCCUCGUCAAGGCCGGCAUCCGCAAGGCGUUCGUCAACCUCGGCUCGGACCACCCGGCCCUCCUCGAGGCGUUCGCGUCGCGCAAGAAGUACGGCCUGCCCAGCCUCGACAUUGUCACCUGCCCCAACGAGAUGGUCGCCCUGUCGGCCGCGCAAGGUUACGCGCAGGUCUGCGGCCACCCGGCCGCCGUCAUCGUGCACGUCGACUGCGGGACCCAGGCGCUCGCCGGCGCGGUCCACAACGUCUCGACCUGUCGCACGCCCGUCUUCAUUUACGCCGGCGCGAGCCCGUUCUCCGAGAACGGCGAGCUCGCCGGGAGCAGGAACGAGUUCAUUCAUUGGCUGCAGAACGCGACCGACCAGCCCGCCAUCGUGCGGCAGUACAUGCGGCACGUCGGCGAGAUCCGGUCGGCCAAGAACACGCAGCAGGUCGUGCUCAGGGCGCUCCAGUUUGCCAAGUCGGAGCCCAAAGGGCCGGUCUACGUGUGGGGGCAGCGCGAGGCGACCGAGGAGCACGUCGACCCGAACGUGAUCGGCGACGUGCGCGCGCAGGAGAUCUGGUCCCCGAUUGAGCUGAACCCGCUCAACAAGACCGCCGUGAAGCGCAUCUCGGAGGCGCUCCUCGCCGCCAAGAGCCCGCUCAUCAUCACGUCGUACCUCGGCCGCAACCCGCACGCCGUCAACGAGCUCGUCAAGCUCGUCGACCUGCUCGCCGUCCCUGUCUUCCAGCCGACCCUGAGCACGGUCAACUUCCCGUUCGACCACCCGAGCCACCAGGGCGUCGCGUUCGCGGGCGCGACGCCCGAGUGGAAGGCGGCUGUAGAGGCGGCGGACUGCAUCCUCGUCAUCGACUCGGACGUGCCCUGGUGCGUCCCCCCUCGAGCCUUUCACCUCGACGUCGACCCGCUCAAGGAGCGCAUGGCGUUCGCGACGUACCCGGCGCAGCUGCGCGCCAAGGUCGACGCCGCGCUCGCCCUCGAGCAGCUGUACGACUACCUGACGUCGUCGUCUGCGCUCGGCGCCCACGAGGCCGCCAUCGUCAAGCGGCGCUCGGCCCUCGUCGACAAGAAGAAGGCGAGCGACGCCGCGCUGCGCGAGCUCGAGGUGCCGCAAGAGGGCGACAUCAUGACGAGCUCGACCAUCGUCGGGCGGUACCGCGACCUGCUCGCCGACCAAGGCCUGUCGAGCCUCGUGUGCAACGAGGCCAUCUCGAACUACCCGCAGGUGUGGCAGCACCUCGUGCCGACCAAGGCGGGCGAGUGCAUCUCGUCCGGCGCGUCGUCGCUCGGCUGGGCGCUCGGCGCCGCCAUUGGCGCCCAGCUCGCCGCCGAGGUGCACCCCGAGUUCAAGAAGGACCUCACGACCGUCUUUGUCGGCGACGGGAGCUUCAUCUUUGGCGUCCCGAGCGCGAGCUUCUGGAUGGCGAGGCGGUACGAGACGCCGACGCUCGUCUUUGUCUUCAACAACGGCGGCUGGAAAUCGCCCAAGCUGUCGAUGCUGGGCGUGCACCCGAACGGCCUCGGCGCCGCCGGCCCAACCUCGGAGCUCAACGUCUCGUUCGGCCCGACCGACGACCUCAACCCGGACUAUGGCGCGAUCGCGGCCGCAGCCGGCGGCGCGUGGUGCCGCAAGGUCAAGACGGCGAGCGAGCUCGACGAGGCCAUGCGCGAGGCGGUCAGGGUCGUGCGC